UAAUUCAUUUGUAGGUAUAAAUAAGGCCGGGUAACGUAAUAUUGUGUGUAACGUCAAUCAUGUGGGCACACGCUGUUUGGUUUUUGACUGCGCUACAGGUGCUGGCAGCGGUCACCGACAUAAACGCAUUCACCGAAUCAGAUAUUCUGUAUUGGCGGCAAAAUGCUAAAAAAUUGGUGGAAGAAAAAGAAACGCUAACGUUGAGGACAAACACCGCUAAAAAUCUUAUUAUAUUUAUGGGAGACGGUAUGUCCGUGCCAACAUUGACAGCUGCCAGAAUAUACAAAGGACAAUUAAAAAACGAGACUGGCGAAAGCGAUCAUUUGAGCUUCGAACGAUUUCCUUUUACGGGAAUGUCUAAAACUUACUGCGUGGAUAAACAAGUACCCGAUUCCGCGUGUACGGCUACUGCUUACCUGUGUGGUGUGAAAGCUAAUAGAGGCACAAUAGGCGUUACGUCGAAAGUAUUGCGAAAGGAUUGUCCUGCCGCCGCUGCUGAUAACAGACCUGAGUCCAUCAUGCAAUGGGCACAGUGGGCUGGUAAGGCCACGGGAAUAGUAACGACGACCAGGGUAACUCAUGCGUCUCCUGCUGGUGCCUAUGCUCAUUCAGCAGAGAGAGAUUGGGAAUCUGAUUCCGAUAUGUUGAAACAUGCGAAUAUCACUAGUAUAAAAGAGUGCGAAGACAUUGCACUGCAAUUGAUCACCAGGGAUCCAGGUAGAAAUUUCAAAGUCAUAAUGGGCGGAGGCCGAGAUAAAUUCUUGAUGAAAAAGGUCAAUACCACCAACGAACGGUUAAGCGAAGAUUUGGUGGUCAGGUGGCAAAACGACAAGGAGGAACGCUUUAAAGGAAAAACCGCCAAGUAUAUGACUAACAGGGGCGAACUGCUCUCCGCGGAUGUGUCCAAAAUAGAUUAUUUGUUGGGGCUUUUUCAAGAACAGCAUAUGGACUACAGGCUGAAAUCCGACGUGAAUAAACAGCCCACGUUGCAGGAAAUGACUAGGAAAGCUAUUGAGUUGCUUCAAAAAGAAGAAAACGGGUUCGUUUUGUUCGUCGAAGGUGGUCUCAUCGACAUCGCUCAUCAUGAAAAAUACGCCAAAUUAGCUUUGGACGAAACGGUCGAACUAUCUAAAGCCGUCUCAGAAGCAGUCUCGUUGACCAGCGAAGACGAUACAUUGAUCGUCGUCACUUCAGAUCACGCUCAUACCAUGUCUAUGGCGGGAUAUCCAAAUCGAGGCGCCAGUAUAUUAGGACUUGGCGGAAAGUUGGCCAAGGACGGUAAGCCCUACACGACGCUGAGUUAUGCCAACGGACCUGAAACCGAAAAAGGGUCGACUGAUCACUCAAGAACGAAUCUAACCGAAGUGGAUUUCGAGAAUGUCGACUUUCGAUACCCGAGUUUGGUGCCAUUGAGCUCGGAGACUCACGGUGGCGACGAUGUGAUGGUAUUUGCGAGAGGACCUUGGGCUCACUUGUUUACCGGCAACUAUGAACAGAACACAAUACCUUUGGCCAUGGCGACAGCUGCUAAAAUUUCGACCGAAUCUCAAAAAUCCAAAAAAGAAAGUACCACUUCGCUUGGACAAAUAUCCGCCGACGCUCUCAACACUCUGAUAGCGUCCAUGUUGAUUGUACUUUUUGGAAUUCACUUAUCAAACGCUUAGUAUUAUCGACUUAUAAGUAUUGUAUUUAGUUUGCAUACAUUUGUUAUUGUAAAAUAACAAACGGCUUUUAAUUUUUGUAUUUAUAUUUAAACUAGCAUACCUGAGCAUCGAUGGUUAGUUAAAACUAGGUAUAUACCAUUUUUCAAUAGUCGAACGUAGCGAUAAGUAUCAAAGUCAAAUACGUUAACUAUUAUGUUAUACGUAGUUCUUUAUGUUUUAUUUUAAUAAUUAGUACACUCUCUUAUAAUCUUUACAGUCUAAACAUUUUUAUAUUUAUUCAUUUGAAAUUAACGUCAUAAUAUUUAGUUGAGUCAGUAUCAUAUACCUAUCAUGUAGUAUGUUAAAUAUUUAAUUUACUGUGCUUACAUUUAGGCUACAUUAUUAAUUAUUUUGUAUUUUAUGUUUUCAUUGGUCCACAUUGUUCUGUAGAUAUAAUAUAUAUUUUUAAAUAAUA